GACAGAGGGGCUGAGCGACGGACGGACGACAGCCCAUCAGCAGAAAAAACACCAUGUGAAGAGACACUAUAAAGAAAGGGACAAGGAAAGAAGACUUGAGAACUUAUUUGUCUCUCCACCACCGGGUCAGCGUUUCUAAAGGCUCGGCAGAGAGCGAAUGGACAGAGCGGGAGAGGAGCAGUCUCACCCACGGUAGCAGACACGGAUACCAUGCCGACGAGCGAUGGCCCCAGCCGCUUCCCGGUCUUUGUGGCCCCGCCCAAUGGAAACCCCCCGAGGCCCCCGGGUUAUGUCCCCGUUCGGGUGGCUCCAGUGCGCUCGCCACAUCCUGCCAAAGCUCCCCCACCUCCACCGAUGAAACCUCUCGGCCCCCCGCCAGAGAGACGAGCCACGUUCAACCUGUCAGAGGAGAACCAGCGCAGGGAGCGUGACCAGAACCUCCAGAAGAAAAAAAACAGCUUAAUCUGCUUCGGAGUGUCCAUCGGGGCUUUCUUCCUCACCCUCAUUCUUGUUCUCAGUCUCUCAAGUGGAGACAUUUUAGAUGAAAACUGUCCGGACCACGACCUGUCCCUCAGCAGCUGGAGCCCAGGCCACCAACCAGAGAAGGCUGUUAUCGUCAGGAGUGGGCAUCUGUUUAGGCUGGAGUCUUCUGCCACCUUCCAUUCAAUAACCAUCCAGUCAGGAGGUAAGGUCGUUUUUGCAGACAACGCUGACGGCUCCAAAAACAUCACCCUGAGGACCCGCCACAUCCUCAUAGAAGACGGUGGAGCCCUUCACAUCGGGGCUCCCAAAUGUCGCUACCGUUCCCGCGCCACAGUUGCCCUGGUGGGUCGCUCCGACGACAAGGCGGUCGCUGCAGUGCCCGGCAUGGGCCGCAAGUUCAUAGGUGUGAUGGGCGGUGGGACUCUGGAGCUUCACGGUGCUGAGAGGGUGUCCUGGUCUCUGCUGACCCGAAGUGUCCCGGCCUCCGGUCUGAACACGGGGGGUUACUCCUUCCUGCGAAACUUCAGCAGAGGCAUCAACCUGCGCGUGGUGGACCAGGACACGGCUGCUGUGCUGCUGUGCGAACGCUACGACACGCACGACUCCCGAAAUGACAGCCGGCGGCUCACCCAGUUGCUGCGGACCCUCCCCGAGGGCCGCAUCGUCACGCUGGCUGUGGGAGACUCGGCUGUCAAAAGUCUUCUGGACGAAACUAAGAAGGCCAUUGAAGAGAAGCUCGGCAGCAGCUUCGUCUACGAUCUCAAAUACAGGCAGGCGUGGGCUCUGGUCUCGGUGGUGGGUGGAGGAAACGCUUCAUGCUCAGAGGACGUCAAGGAACAUGAAAACCACAACACAGGAGGAAGAGCUCUGGCAAGGCGCAACUUCACCACCGUCGAUGGAGUUGACUUCUCCGUCACCGCCUACAGCGAGUGGAAGACCGGCUUCCCCAUCACAGGCUUCCAGGUGGAUGCUGUGGACCAGGUGCUGCUGAACCUGCAGGAUGAAGUGCAGCAGACCUGGCAACCCGGGGAUCAGAUUGUAGUUGCCAGCACAGACUACUCCAUGCAUCAGGCGGAAGAGUUUACCUUGUUGCCCUGCUCUCACUGCAGCAGCAGGCAGGUCAGGAUACAAGGGAAGCCUCUGUAUAACCACGUUGGAGAGAUCUUAGACGGGGUCGACAUGCGAGCCGAAGUGGGUUUGCUCUCCAGAAACAUUCUCAUCUACGGGGAAAUGGAAAGCUCGUGCUACGGAAACAACGCGUGCCAGUUCUUCAGCCACGACACCUACGGAGGCCAUAUAAAGGCCAAGUAUCUGCACUUCUCUACUCCCAGAUCUUAA